CUCCUCUGUGGCUGUUUUUCCCCGCAUUGGCUACAGGAAACUAAUUCCUUGGUUGCCAUGGCAACCAAGGAAAAUGGCCCCCACCAGAACCCGGGGAAGCCUUGGGCUCCCAUUCAGCUCGUCGCUGUGCAGCAUGCCUUCUGACCUGCUGCUGGCUGGGAGGAGGAGGAGCCAACUCUGCAGAGCAGCUCCUCCCAGCCCAGUAUGGGCCCUGCUGCCUCACUACCUCAUUGUGAGACAGAGUUCUAGCUUUAGGGUGAGUUUUCCUCGCUCCCUCUGCUGGCCACUGCGCAACUCUGGCUUGCUCUGCUCCGGUAGUAACAGGAGCACGGGAAGAAAGAUGUCAUCAUCCUCUUCCACCACCGAUGGACAAGGGAAGCCUAAACCUAUAUCUUCAUUUCACAAGAGAGGAAGUCUGCAGAGCACCACCAGUCCUGAUCUGAGUGGUGCAUCUGGGCACAAGCCCCUCAAGCCCCAGCGAUCCCAUCUGGGGACACCCAUUUCUGUGGCAAACUACCCGAUUGACCUGCGAACAUCCAUGGAUGAAAAGUAUAAAGAAAUUGCUGAGGAGCUGUUCACACUCAGUAUGACAGAGAGUGAGAUGCGAAGUGCUCCUUAUGAAUUCCCAGAGGACAGCCCCAUCGAACAGCUGGAAGAGCGACGACAGCGCUUGGAGAGGCAAAUCAGCCAGGAUAUUAAGCUUGAACCAGAGAUUUUGCUCCGUGCCAAACAGGACUUCAUGAAAAUCGACAGUGAUGCAGACCUAGAGAUAAUGAUGGAGCAAAGUGUGGAAACUGUUGACAGUGGUUUUAAGGAGAGGGUAAUGCCAAUGGAGAGAGAGUAUCUGCGUGUCUCAAUAUCUGGAGAGGAAAAGUGUGGGGUGCCCUUCACUGACCUGGUAGAUGCUGCUAAAUGUGUGGUGAAGGCAUUAUUUAUUCGGGAGAAGUACAUAAACCAUUCCCUGCAGAACUUUUGUAAGACUACAGCUCACGCCUUGCAGGACCUCGGGAUGAAGUCUCUGGAUCUAGGCGUGUACGAUGAUGUACCAGAGACCCCUGUAGAUGCUGAUGCCCCCGUUCACCCACCUGCUUCAGAGACACACCCCUAUGAAAAUCAGGACCCCACGAACAUGCCAGUGGACACAGGUUAUGGCUGCAAGAUGGUGGAUGGAGUAGUCCAUGUCUACACCAAGAAAACAAACAUAGACAAAAGUACUGAACUGGACCUGCCAUAUCCUGACCUGAAGGAGUAUAUUGCACACAUGAAUGUUAUGAUGUCUCUCAUUAUCAAUGGGCCAGUGAAGUCUUUCUGUUACCGUCGCCUACAGUACCUAAGCUCAAAAUUCCAGAUGCACAUCCUCCUGAAUGAGAUGAAGGAGCUAGCAGAUCAGAAGAAGGUUCCUCACAGAGACUUCUACAAUAUACGAAAGGUGGACACACACAUACAUGCAUCAUCCUGCAUGAACCAGAAGCACCUCCUGCGAUUCAUUAAGAGAGCCGUGAAGAAAUACCCUGGGGAGAUUGUUCACAUUGAGCGUGGCCGGGGUCAGACCCUCAAGGAGGUGUUUGAGAGCAUGAACCUGACAGCCUACGGCCUUAGUGUUGACACUCUUGACAUGCACGCGGACCGUAACACGUUCCAUCGGUUUGACAAGUUCAAUUCAAAAUACAACCCCAUUGGAGAAUCCAUCCUCAGAGAGAUCUUCAUCAAGACUGAUAAUUACAUUGAAGGAAAAUACUUUGCACACAUAGUAAAGGAGGUGAUGUUUGAUUUGGAGGAGAGUAAGUACCAGAACUCUGAGCUACGUCUCUCCAUCUAUGGCCGCUCCCGAGAUGAAUGGGAUAAGUUGGCUCAGUGGGCUGUCAAACAUCAAGUGUACUCUGAUAAUGUACGCUGGCUCAUCCAGGUGCCCCGACUGUUUGAUGUGUACCGCACCAAGCGGCAGCUGGCUAAUUUCCAGGAGAUGUUGGAGAACAUCUUCAUGCCCCUGUUCGAGGUCACGAUUAACCCUCGCAGUCAUCCAGAGCUGCAUCUCUUCCUGGACCAUGUGGUGGGCUUCGACAGUGUAGACGACGAGUCCAAACCCGAGCACCACAUUUUCAAUCUUGACAGUCCGCUGCCAGCAAACUGGACAGAAGAAAACAACCCACCUUACUCCUACUACCUGUACUAUACUUAUGCCAACAUGACUGUGCUCAACCACCUGCGACGGCGGCGAGGCUUCCACACAUUUGUUCUGCGACCUCACUGUGGGGAGGCAGGGCCGAUCCACCACCUGGUGUCAGGUUUCAUGUUAUCAGAGAACAUCUCCCAUGGACUACUGCUCAGAAAGGCUCCGGUGCUGCAGUAUCUUUACUACCUGGCUCAGAUUGGCAUUGCCAUGUCGCCACUGAGUAACAACAGCCUGUUCCUCAGUUACCACCGCAACCCGCUGCCAGAGUACCUGUCCCGAGGCCUCAUGGUGUCUCUGUCCACAGAUGAUCCUCUUCAGUUCCACUUCACCAAGGAGCCUCUAAUGGAGGAGUACAGCAUUGCUGCUCAGGUGUGGAAACUAAGUUCCUGUGACAUGUGUGAGCUGGCAAGAAACAGUGUCCUCAUGAGUGGGUUUUCACACAAGGCCAAAAGCCACUGGUUGGGCCCCGGUUAUUCUAAGGUGGGUCCUGAGAGCAACGACAUUCGUCGCACCAAUGUCCCUGACAUCCGCGUGGCAUACCGCAGCGAGACACUCUCUGAGGAGCUUUAUCUCAUCACUCACGCCGUGCGCACAGAUGAGCUGGACACUACGGAUGGAGAGGACGCUCUUUCCAUGGGCCCUCUGCCAGGACAGCACUGAAAGCACAAUCCUUCUGUCUCAUCCUGUAAACCACCAACCCUGUAGUCCACCCAGCAUGAUGCUGAAGAGAUAUGGUUUGAGACUAAUUCUGCUGUUCUUCCUACCUACAGUAUAAAACAUGAGCACAGAGGUAUGCUGCACACUGACACACAGGCAUCAAAGAGCCAAGGAUACAGUGCAGCCAUAGCACUUGUGCUUCAACAU